GUUUGUUGAACCGCGUCCGACUGUCAAAUUUGACAACAAAGAAGUAGAAAAAUUUAAAUGUCAUAAUAAAUAAAUAUAUUUAGAAUUUUAAAUUCAUUUAAAAUUAACGUGCAGUGAUUCCUAUAAAAAAAAUCAAUAACUUGAUAAAGUAUCAACACAAUAUGUGAUAAAGUUUGAUUUUGUAUAUAAAGUUAGGUUAUUGCUAAUAAAUAAAUAAAAAAUUAAUAAUGACUUCGAUGUUUGAUCAAUAUGAAAGAGCAUCUCAAAGAUCAAAACCAUCCGGAUCAGAACUUAUGAAACCCGAUAUCAGUACCGCUGGAUUUAUUCAAAUGAAAUUACAAGAUGAGGAGCCCAUUUUCACGAGACAAAGAGUUAAUUUUAGACCGCCUGAUAAUAUUUUACAUUUAGCAGUUAGUAGUAAUUUUAUCAUGAUUGCUAUGGCUAACAAUGUAAUUUUAAGAAUAGAUGUUAAAGCUCCUGAAAAAAAAGAAGAAAUUGACAUAUCCAAAUAUGUAACAAAUAUGAAAUUAUCGGGAUUAUAUCUAGAUCCAUUGGGUAAUCAUUUAUUAAUUACUAUGGUUCCCAAAAAUGGUGAUAAUCCACCAGCAGAUUUGUUUUACUUACAUAGAACAUCAACUAAAUUGAAACAGGCUGGAAAAUUUCGAGGCCAUGAAAUAACUGCAGUUGCGUGGAAUUUUGCUAAUACAUCGGCAACAACAUCUGGUCCUAUCUUAUUUGGUACAUCAAAAGGUUUAAUUUUUGAAACUGAAAUUGGUUUAGAUGGAGAUAAAAUAUUUAAUACUAGUUUGGAACAAUACUGGAAACAGCUUCCUAAUUAUUUGCCUCUUUAUGCCAGUAAGGAAGUAGAUGGAUUGGUAUUUGAUAUUGGUGAAGAAAGUAAACCACCUAUUACUGGUAUAGCAUUUCACAAAGUACCUUAUUCUGAUAAAUAUAUUAUUAUUGUGACAACUCUUAUCAGAAUUUAUCAGUAUAUGGGUACAAUAACAAAUCCUCAGGAAAAACCAUUACUUCAACAGAUAUUUAGCAAGUAUCUUAAUGUCAAAGAACGUUUUAAUCAGUUAGAAAAUUCAUUGCCUUAUUCACGUAUGCAGUUUUAUUAUCCAGUAUCAAAAGGUAUACCAACAUCAUUUGGUUGGCUAACAGAAACUGGAAUUUUGUAUGCAGAGAUAGAUCCUAAAGGUGAUUCAGAUAAUGCUUUAAUAAAUCAAGAAAUGAUAUGUUGUCCUGAAACUAGUUUAAGUGGAAGUACAGUAUCACAAAUGUCAGUUGCACCAAUUAAUUUUGUAUUGACUAAAUUUCACGCUUUGUUACUUUAUAACGAUCAUGUCAAAGGUAUUUCGUUAUUGAAUCAAGAACUUAUUUUUGAAGAUAUAUACAACGAUACAUAUGGAAAAUUAGUUAAUAUAACAAAAGAUCCGACAACUGGAUCAAUUUGGGCUUAUACAGAGCGUGCAUUAUUUAAAUAUAAAGUUACCAAAGAAGAAAGAAAUGUGUGGCAAAUUUAUAUGGAGAAAGGUGAAUUUGGGCUUGCAAAGCAGUAUUGUCAAGAUAAUCCGGCUCAUAUCGAUCAAGUGCUUGUUAAAGAAGCUGAGAUGUUAUUUAAAAAUAAGGAAUUUGAAAAAAGUGCAAUGAUUUAUGCUGAAACCCAUUCUUCUUUUGAGGCAAUAUCACUUAAAUUUUUACAAGAUUUACAAAUAGAAGCUUUAAAAAUGUUUUUGAAAAAGAAAUUAGAAGGAUUAAGACCUCAAGAUAAAACACAAAUAACAAUGAUUGUUGUGUGGGUCGUUGAAUUGUUUAUGUAUCAAAUGGGAAAAUUAAGAAGUAAUAUAAUAUCUCAUAAUCAUAAUUCUGUUCUUAUGGAAUUACAAAAACAGUUUGAUAGUUUUUUAUGUAUACCAACUGUUGAAGAUUGUAUAAAAAAAAAUUUUACUACUAUUUAUAAACUAAUGGCUAGUCAUGGUGAUAAAGAUAAUUUAAUUCGUUUGACAAUAAUGCAUCGUAAUUAUGAACAAGUAAUUCGUCAGCAUCUUUUUAAAAAUAAUUACUUAGAAGCUCUUGAAGUUUUAAAAAGCCAAGGAAACAAAAAUCUUUUUUAUCAGUUUACUGGAAUUUUAGUACAAGAACUACCUAAGCCUACAAUCGCAGCAAUUAUUUCUCAAGGUGGACAAUUGCAGCCAUCAAAAAUUUUACCUGCAUUGGUAUCGUGUGAUAGUGAUGAGAAACAUGCAAAAGAAGUUAUGAAAUAUUUAGAAUUUUGUGUUUAUAAACAAAGCUGUCCAGAUCAAGCAGUGCAUAAUUUUCUCUUGUCAUUAUAUGCCAGAUAUAAACAAGAUGAAGUAAUGCGUUAUAUUGGAUCCCAAGGACAAGAUAUAACGAUGGUACCUUAUGAUGUUCAUUAUGCUCUACGUCUUUGUCAAGAAGCUGGUUUGACAGAAGCUUGUGUACAACUAUCUGCGCUUUUAGGCUUAUGGACAACAGCUGUUGAUCUCGCAUUGACUAUUAAUGUUGAUUUAGCUAAACAAGUUGCUGCGAUGCCAUCACAUCACGACAAUGAAUUGAAAAAAAAAUUAUGGUUGAAAAUAGCUGAACAUGUUGUACGAGAACGUAAUGAUAUUCAACAGGCAAUGGAAUUCCUUCAACAGUGUGAUUUAGUUCGCAUUGAAGAUAUUUUACCCUUUUUCUCUGAUUUUGUAACAAUUGAUCAUUUUAAAGAUGCAAUUUGUAAUUCUCUUCAGGAAUAUAAUCAACAUAUUCAAGAUCUUAAAGAAGAAAUGCAAGAAGCAACAAAAGCUGCUGAAAUAAUUAGAAAAGAUAUUCAAGCGUUUCGUACAAGAUGUACUUUUGUACAUGUUAGAGAUACAUGUAAUUCAUGUCAAGUUCAAUUGUUAUUGAGACCUUUUUACGUUUUUCCCUGCGGUCAUAGGUUUCACAAUGACUGUUUAAUUUCUGUUUUAACGCCAUUGUUAACAAUUGACCAACAAAUAAAAUUGACAGAUCUCCAACGCCAAUUAACGACAUUAUCCAAAAAACCUGAAGACACGACAUCCAUUGGAUCCGUGUCUUUAUCAACGAGAGAUCAAGUAAAAGCUGAUUUAGAUGAUCUCGUUGCUUCAGAAUGUUUGUACUGUGGAGAUUAUAUGAUCGAAUCGAUUGACAAGCCUUUUAUUGAAGAAGAAAACUAUGAAAGAGUUAUGGCUGAGUGGGCAUAAAUAUUUAUAAGUAAUAAUACAUUCUAUUUUUUUUUUUUUUUUUGUACAAAAAUACUGUAAGUAAAUAAAUAUUUAUAAUCCAU